CGCGCUUCCCCGUUCACACACAGGGUUCAAAACUUUACCAAACUCCAAGCCUGCAUGGAAAGCACUAUUUUGGAAGAACCGCUGACUCGAGGCGCACCAUUAAGACCGACCUCGUAGUCUUUCGAGGUUUGAAACAAACCAGUGGACAGAAGAUAAGGAUAAGCUUUCUUUUUUUUUGUUUUUUUUUUCUCCUCUCUCCAACUUCACCUUUUCUCGGUAGCGGUGAGAUUAGCCCGGAGCUAAGGCGCUGCGCGUUUACGCAGCGCUGCUUUUGGAGGGUAAUACCAACACGCUUCAGCGUUUUUGAAGGUGUUAAAUGCAGUUUGGGUUUUGUUAAGGUUUUCUCCUGGGCCUGCAACAGGUCGUGUUCGUGCCUGAGCUUUGAAUUUCCCUCCUUCAGGGCUUUGGUGAAGGGGGGGCUGGUCUGUCUGGCAGACCCCCAGACCUUUAGCCACGCUGUGCUAAUUGUCGCUAGCUCGGGGAGUCUCCAGGGAAAUCCCACUUUUUUUUUUAAGGAACCUUGUCGUGCUUAAAGUGACGAGAUUAAACCGCUACACGUGUUUAAUUGGAAAAGAAACGGAUUAAUUUAUUAAUAUGGAUCAACAACACACUGGAAACUCUGCCUCGGCUGGUCCCAAGAAAGACAAGAAGUCCAAGAAGAGCUACGAGGAUGGAGAUGGGAAGAAGAAAUUUAAACUCAAACGGCUGUUUCCUGAUGAGUUGGAGCGUUUCACCAGCAUGAGAAUGAAAAAGGACAAGGAGAAGCCUGGCCACAUUCCAAGUCAGCGCCAUUCUUCAGCUGCCAACAUCGACAUCAGCGCUCAGACUGCCAUGCUCACGGAUCACUCUGAUGAAUAUGUCCUGGAACUCUUUGAACAGAUGUUGGUGGAUAUGAACCUGAAUGAGGAGAAGCAGCAGCCUCUGAGACAGAAAGAUAUGAUGAUCAAACGAGAGAUGGUCUCCCAGUACCUUCAUACCUCCAAAGCUGGUCAAGACCAAAAGGAGAGCUCCAAGUCAGCCUUGAUGUACAUCCAGGAGUUGAGGUCAGACUACCGAGACACACAGCUGUUGGCGUGUCUGGAAUCCCUACGUGUCUCGCUCAAUAAUAACCCUGUUAGUUGGGUGCAGAAUUUUGGAAAUGAGGGUCUGGUUCUGCUUCUGAAUAUGCUUCGAAAAUUGCAGGAGGAGAAAGAUGAGUACCCAAUGCUGGGAGUGAAAUGUCAACACGAGAUAAUUCGCUGUCUGAAAGCCUUCAUGAACAAUAAGCAUGGUCUGAAAUCCAUGUUGGAGUCAGCUGAGGGAAUUCCUCUGCUGGUCAAAGCCAUCAACCCUAGAGUACCUCUCAUGAUGGUGGAUGCUGUCAAGCUGCUCUCUGCCAUCUCCAUCUUGGAACAUCCUGAAAACCUUCAUGAACGUGUCUUGGAGGCUAUUACAGAGGAGGCUGAAAGACGGGACAUCGAGAGGUUUCAGCCCCUUAUUUCUGGCAUGACAAAUCUCAACAUUAGUCUUAAGACUGGCUGCAUGCAGCUAAUCAACGCCUUAAUCAGUCGGGGAGAGGAGUUGGACUUCAGAAUCCAUAUUCGCUCUGAACUGUUCAGAUUGGGACUUAGAGAACAGCUAAAGGAUGUGCGAACGAUAGAAAAUGAAGAGCUGAGAGUUCAACUCCUUGUGUUUGAUGAGCAAACCGAAGAUGACUCAGAAGACCUCAAAGCACGUCUUGAGGACAUUCGUAUUGAAAUGGAUGAUGUGAGGGAAGUGUUUGAGAUCCUCGCCAACACAGUGAAGGACUCCAAGGCUGAAGGUCACUUCCUUUCUGUGAUGCAGCACCUGCUACUGAUCCGUAAUGAUUAUUUGGCCAGGCCUCAGUACUACAAGUUGAUAGAUGACUGCAUCGCUCAGAUUGUACUUCACAGGAAUGGGGUGGACCCUGACUUCAAGUGCCGUAACCUCAGCCUCAACGUCGAAGGCUUGAUCGACAAUAUGGUGGACCAGACCAAAGUGGAAACCAGUGAAGCCAAAGCUGUUGAGUUGGAGAAAAAGCUGGAUGCAGAGUUGACGGCACGCCAUGAGCUGCAGGUGGAGAUAAAGAAACUGGAGGGUGAUUAUGAACAGAAGCUGCAGGACCUGAGCCAAGAGAAGGAGCAGCUGACCUCUUCUAAGCAGGAGAAAGAAAAUGAGAACCAAGGACUCCAGCAACAGCUUAACGCUUUGCAAAAUCAGAUUGAAAAGCUGUCAAAGGAUCUGGAAGAUGCCAAAACUAAAGUCAUUACAGUUACUGUUCCUGUGCCAAUGCCUGGUGUGACCACUGCACCUACCUCUGUCCUUUCCCCUGGCCAGAAUGCUGGUAUGCCCCCACCUCCUCCACCCCCACCUUUACCAGGCCAGGUAUCCAUCCCUGUUCCCCAAGCCCCACCACCUCCUCCUUUACCGGGUCACGCAGGCAUUCCUCCUCCUCCACCCCUACCUGGCAUGCCAGGACCACCGCCACCUCCACCCCUACCUGGCAUGCCAGGGCCUCCACCGCCUCCACCCCUACCUGGCAUGCCAGGACCACCGCCGCCUCCACCCCUACCUGGCAUGCCAGGACCACCGCCGCCUCCACCCCUACCUGGCAUGCCAGGACCACCGCCGCCUCCACCCCUACCUGGCAUGCCAGGACCACCGCCGCCUCCACCCCUGCCUGGCAUGGCAGGACCACCUCCACCUCCACCGUUGCCAGGAAUGGGACCUCCACCACCACCACCGCCCGGGGGUCCAGGUAUGCCACCUCCACCACCAUUUGGCAUGGGAGGCUGGGGUGUUGCUGCGCCACCUUCCUUACCUUUUGGGCUCCAACCUAAAAAGGACUACAAGCCUGAAGUCCAGUUGAAGAGAGCGAACUGGAGUAAGAUUGGACCUGAGGACCUCUCUGAGAACAGUUUCUGGAUCAAGGCCAAAGAGGGGCAAUUUGAAAACAAUGAGCUCUUCGCCAAACUCACUCUAACCUUCUCCUCACAAACCAAGACAAAAAAAGAGCAGGACGGUGGAGAUGAAAAGAAGCAGCAAACGAAGAAGAAAGUGAAGGAACUGAAGAUUCUUGAUUCAAAGUCUUCACAAAAUCUCUCAAUUUUCCUGGGAUCAUUUCGUCUACCUUAUGAGGAGAUCAAGAAUGCGGUCCUGCAGGUCAACGAGAAGAUCCUUACAGAAUCCUUGAUUCAGAACCUAAUCAAGCAACUGCCUGCAGCAGAUCAGCUGAGCGUUCUGGGAGAGAUGAAGGAUGAAUAUGAUGAUUUGGCCGAGUCUGAGCAAUUUGGAGUGGUGAUAUCCAGUGUGAAGCGACUAACGCCAAGGCUUCAGGCCAUCUUGUUCAGGCUGCAAUUUGAGGAGCAGCUAAAUAACAUAAAGCCAGAUGUGGUAUCAGUGACGGCAGCCUGUGAGGAGCUCAGAAAAAGUGACACCUUCGCUAAGCUGCUGCAGAUCAUCCUCCUAGUUGGGAACUAUAUGAACUCUGGCUCCCGCAAUGGAAUGGCUUUCGGCUUCUCCAUAUCGUACCUCUGCAAGCUGCGUGACACCAAAUCAGCUGAUCUGAAACAGACGCUCCUCCACUUUCUUGCUGAUUUGUGCCAGGAGCAGUAUCCUGAAGUCAUGAGCUUCCCUGAUGAGCUCAUACAUGUGGAAAAGGCCAGCAGAGUUUCUGCAGAGACGAUUCAGAAGAAUCUCGAGCAGAUGGGCCGUCAGAUCAAGAGCUUACAGAAAGACCUGGAAACGUUCCCUCCUCCACAAAACGACAAUGACCUCUUUGUGGAGAAGAUGUCUAGUUUUGUGAGCCACGCCCAGGAACAUUUUGAGAAGCUCGACCUGAUGCAUAAGAAUAUGGAGAAGCAGUACCUUGACCUGGGGGACUAUUUUGUCUUCAAUCCAAGAAAAAUAUCAGUGGAAGAGUUCUUUGGAGACCUCAACAACUUUAAAAACAUGUUCCAGCAAGCGGUGAAAGAGAACCAGAAGAGGAAGGAGUCUGAGGAGAAGAUAAAGAGGGCCAAACUGGCAAGGGAAAAGGCAGAGAAGGAGAAGGAGGAAAAACAAAAGAGGAACCAGCUCCUUGAUAUCAACGCAGAGGGUGAUGAAACUGGUAUCAUGGAUGGCCUGUUGGAGGCGCUGCAGUCUGGCGCUGCUUUUAGGAGAAAGAGGGGACCUCGGCAAGCAGCCAACCACCGACGAGCUGGUCAUGCAGUGACUAAUAUCCUGGCUAAAGAGCUGAUGCAGGACGACGCACCUUCAUCCAGUAAAAUAGCCGCAAAAAAGGCAAAGUCAGAAAAGGAGGAGCCAAAACUAGAAGGAGCAGAGUCCCUAGAGGAGUUGCUGGAAUCUACUCUCUCCCGGUCUAGUUAGCCUUCCAGGUAGCAAGUGUUUUACUCCCAGUCAGUGAUAUUCCAUGCAGUUAUUUUAUUUUAGGCGUUCCAGCAGCCAUUAUUAACUGUGUGGUUCACAGCAUUUUUCCACCCUUUUUCUUCAGAGGACCUUCUUUUAGGAUAACAUUGAUUGUUUCUUCUGGGAUAGCGGGGAGAGGCAGAGCCUGAGGGCAGGGCUCUCACCUCAGCUUCAGCCUCUGCAUUGCCUUGACAACGUCAAAAAGAUUUACUUGCUUUCUUCAGCAAAUGCACAUAUAUGUUCACGUCUUUUUGUCUUUUGCUGGUCACUCGAUUUAACUGUCAUCCAUCAAAGGGCAUCUUGAGUCAUUCCAAAGACUUUCUUAAGAGGGAGACACUUUUGAUGUUGUUAUUGUCGUCGUCAAUCCUAAAAUUACCUUGGGAAUAUAUCUGGAAUCUGGCAUAUCCCACACGUGGCUCAGAGGGCCAUUGGAAUGUUUCAGCCACAACCACUUUGCGCUUUUUUUUUUUUUAAUCUGAGGAAAAAUUGCUGUGAAUAAUUGAGAUACUGUGUGUAAACUGUUAGUAAUCAGUUUAUCUGUAUUCAUUGAAAUAAGUGCCAAUCAGUUUUAUUAUCAUCAUUUGCAGGUGUCCAGUUGUAGUUUGCACCAGACUGGCACGUAGACCAACUUAUCAACAGCACUCAUCACCUGGUUUAUGUUUAAGUUUGGUUUAUACUAAGAAGGGAUUUUGCUCACCGGUGUGCUUGCACAAGUCAUAGUUUUUACAUAAAAUUGAGAUGACUUACAUACGUUUAUCCAAGUUGUCUUACCACAUUUCAAUAUAUAUGUUGCUGGAGAAUGUGCUUUCAUUCUUAAACUUGUCCCCCACCCCCACAUAAAAGAAGAAUCAGACAAUACAGGAGACUUAAGAUGAUGGGUUAAAACACAAAACUUGCUUCUCUUCUAAGGUUCUUCCACACCAACAUACUGUAGCCUGAAUGGGUCACAUUCCUGUGUCUUUACAUACGAGAGUCUGAGUGUGACAUACGCGGCCUAUGUUUAGUUUAGUGUGCGGAGUCAACUUCUUGUGUUUAUGUAAGUAGGUUUGAGUGCAUGUGUUGCCAUCUGUAAUUACUGUUCGGUACCAGCCAUGCUGUCAUAAAGAUAGCAUUGUGGUCUUUCUGCAGAGAAUAUAGCACACUGGAAAAUAGUCCAGAAACUGCAGAGACAAAUAUGUGCGUUUACUCACGUUAGCUUGUGUGCUCACCCACCCCUUGCAUGUUGACUAUAACGUUUAUUUUUUCUGCCCGGCCUUGCUUCUAUUUGUAUUCAACAGCCAUCAGCCUUCAUGUCGCCAUGAUAUUGUGGUGUUAUAUCUGACAGGAAGCCUGUGAGCUGACGUCAGCUGCUACAUUCAUGUUUUACUCCUAUGCAAAUCGGUUGGUGCAGAGUGCAUUAACUCGACUCGUCUCUGAUAACUCGACUCGUCUCAGGAAGAACAAACCUCUGGGUUUGAGCUGUCCGCGUUAACCCACCAACCCUCCAAGCUGGGGGGGAUGGAGCUUAUAAAAGGGCACUGAUGAGGCAUCUUUCAUUAAUACUAUUGUUUAUUUUUGUUAUUUGAAGUGGCACUUGAACUCCAUUCGAGGGAAUACAUUGAAGCACUGGAGCUGUAAAAGUGUGUGUUUGGACCGAGUGCUUCAUUUUAAUCUUAGAAUUUGUCAAAUAAAUAACACGUCAUCCGCAUCUUCUGAGUCUGUGUCUGCACAUACAGGACCUGAACUUCCCUUGGUCCUGCAAGAAACAAGUCCCUGCUGUAUUUAUACAGACACGAUUGCUGUUUUAUGUCUGAUAUCCUUCUCGUGUUCAAGUAAAGGGCACCAGGUGAUUGUGUGAGCGAGGUACUGUAAGUCUUCAAAGUGAAAGAGCAUCAGAUCGAUGAGGGAAAGGAUAUCAAAACGUCACUGGAGUUCCUGUCCUGAUUUGGGUUAUUUCUUUUGUUCAGUAAUUGCUUUUCCUUUUUUAAGAGAUUGUUUUCUAUGUAAAUUUUAUGAUCAUUUUUAAUGUAUUUGAAUGAAAAUGUUUUUGCUUUUUGAAUACAGAGUAAUGCACACUGUCUUUCUAUUUGUUACACCAAACCAUUAAAAAUGUCUUAAGUCA